UGAUGUUUUCACCAAUUUGACCAUGGCAAAGAAAGAUAAGAAGUCUAAAGAAAGUAAAAAAGCUCGUGCUGCCGAAAAGCAAAAGAAAAACCAGUCAAAGGCCGAGUCAAAGUCGAAAAAACAGGCAAAGAAAACAGGUGAAGAGGAAGAAGAUGAAGAUAUCGAUCAAAUUUUAGAGCAAUAUGCUAAAGAACAAGAAGAGUUCGAGGCUGUUAACAUUGAAGUUUGCAAAAGACCAUCGAAAAGAUUAAAUCCUACCUUGGUUGCUAACCCAGCUCAUAAUAAACGUGAAUUAUUUUUGUUUGGUGGUGAAUGUAUGGUUGGAUCAGCAUCUCAUUUCUAUAACGACUUGUAUUCGUACACAAUUGAUAACGACACCUGGAGAAAGAUAUCUUCUAAGAAUUCUCCAUUGCCUCGGUCAUCCCAUGCUAUGUGUGCACAUCCAUCUGGUGUAAUAUUAUUGUUUGGUGGUGAAUUCUCCUCUCCCAAACAAUCGACAUUUUACCACUAUGGUGAUACUUGGAUUUUGGAUGCAGAUACCAAGGAAUGGACCAAAAUUGAUCAGAAAAGAGGUCCAUCUGCCAGAUCAGGUCACAGAAUGUGUGUUUGGAAGAAUUAUAUAAUCAUGCAUGGUGGUUUCCGUGAUUUAGGUACCAUGACUACUUACUUAAAUGAUAUGUGGUUAUUUGAUAUUACUAGCUACAAGUGGGAACAAGUUGAAUUCCCACCAAAUCACCCAAUUCCAGAUGCUAGAUCAGGGCAUUCAAUGAUUCCUUGUGCAGACGGGGCGGUCAUAUACGGUGGUUAUUGUAAAGUGAAGGCAAAGAAAGGUUUACAAAAAGGUAAAGUUUUGAAUGAUUGCUGGUUAGUCAAAAUGAAAGCUGAUCCAAAAGGUAUUAGAGUUGAGAGAAGACGUAAACAAGGAUUCAAUCCACUGCCAAGGGUUGGUUGCUCAAUGGUUUACCAUAAGAAUCGUGGUAUUUUAUUUGGGGGUGUGUUUGAUUUUGAAGAGAGUGAAGAACAAAUUGAUUCUGAGUUUUAUAAUAACUUGUACUCGUAUCAAAUCGAAACAAAUAGAUGGUAUAAUUUAUCAUUAAAACCACAAAGGAAGAAGAAACAAGAAAAUGUUAAAGAAAAAACAAGAGAUGAAGAUUUAGAAGAUAUUUUAAAUUCCAUUCUAGCCAAAGCUAAUUUGAAUGAUGAUGAUGAGCAAGAAGAAAUUUCACAAAUCGAACAAUUAAGAAAGCUCGAAGAAGAGGAAGAACGGAGCAACGAGGAUAAAGUUGAAUACCCAAUUGUUAACAAGUUACCACAUGAAAGAUUCAAUGCCACUACCUGUGUAGUAGAUGAUGUUUUCUAUAUAUAUGGUGGUAUUUUUGAAAGAGGUGAACAAGAGUUUAACUUGGAUUCAUUUUAUUCUAUAGAUUUGGGAAAACUUGAUGGUGUUAAAGUUUUCUGGGAGAACUUGAAAGAAUUAGAGCAAGAGUAUGAAAACUCAGAUGAUGAAUUCGAUGAAGAUGACGAUGAAGACGAUGAAGAUGACGAUGAUGAUGACGAAAAAGAAACCGAUAAUAAAUUAGAAGUUGAGGAAGAAGAAGAAGAAGAGGAAGAAGUUGAGGAGGAGGAAGAUGAAAUUCCUGACCCAAGACCAUGGUUACCACAUCCUAAACCAUUUGAAACUUUGAGAUCAUUCUAUGUCCGUACUGGUGCUCAAUUCCUUGAAUGGUCUAUUUCAAGUAACAGGGAAGCCAGAGGUAAGUAUUUGAAGAAAGCUGCAUUCGAUUUAUGUGAGGAAAGAUUCUGGGAAAGAAGAGAACAAGUUAGUAUUGCCGAGGAUACUUUGGAAGAUAUGGGUGGAGUAGGUGAAGUCAUUGAAAAGAAUACCAAUGCCAAACCUGCCAAAAGAAGAUAGUGGAUAAUAUAUCAUGAGUAUAGAGUUAAUUAUUACUAUUAUUAUUUUAAGCGAGAUUGUAGAUGUUUUAUUAAGUAUGAAAAU